AUGGCUUUAGACGUUAUGUCAAUAAAACAAAAAAAAAUUAAGAGUGGCUCGGGAGCUAUUAAACUACGACAGUAUGUUUACUAUCAUCAGUUGUCAUUCUUGUUGCCAUUGACGGAGGAGAAAGCUGGUACUGCAGAUAGUUUGGAAAAUGAAUCGACUGAAGAUGCAGCUACUGAAGAGAAAAUACCACAGCGUGGUCGUAAGAGGACUAGUACGUCCAAAGAAGACAAUUUAAUUACACAACUGGCGAUAAAUUUGAAUAAAAAAUACAACGAAACUACAUUUGAUGAUAAAACCGAUGAUGACAAAUUAUUUCUUAUGGCUCUACACGGUGACUUUAAAAAAAUUUCUGACGACUACAAAUUAGAUGCUAAGACAGACAUACUGAAAGUUAUAAAAAAAUUCAAAGUGUUAUCCUCUGACGUCAAUUUAUAUUCUAAUCAGACCUCAUUACGCUCACAGUUUAACUAUCACCAGCCCUCAUACUCGCAGUUCAGCCAUCAGUCAUCGUCAUCCUACUCGCAGCCAAGCUAUGAUGAUUUCAGUAGUGGCUACAAUACUGGACCUCCUCAAGCAUCUACCAAUCGACCACUACAAACUGAUAUCACCAUUGGCUACAGCACUGGAGUUCCUCAAGCAUGUACCAGCCGACCACUACAAACUACGAGACUUGAAGAAACAGAUGUUUUGUCUCCUGCUGAUACUGAAGCAUCGCAGUCGUCGAUACAUAGCAUUUUCUGA